CCGCACAGGCUGCCUCCCGCCGUUGCGCACGCACAAACACCACACGCUGCCCCGCGCUUGCACAGAGGAAGAAUCACCGCAAACGCCGCCGUUUCCUCCUCUUCUCAGUCAAGCCGUCGUCCGCUUCUCAGGUGCGCCGCUGUCUGCUUCUCGUGACCGUCACGCCGCGUUCUCCUCUCGUCUCAGUCACGUCUCAGUCACACCGCGUCCUCCUCUCAUCUCAGUCACGCCGCGUCUUCGUCGCCUCAAUCACGUCGCCGUGCUACUCGCCGCAGUCCUCGUCGUCCUCGUCCCUCAGUCACGCCGUGUCCUUCUUCUUAGGACAUGGAGUUAAUCAGCUCCUUAGAUUUAGAGAUGCUAGUUAUGAUAGUGCUGCGGUAAAUCCAAUCUUGUAUGCUUCUCAAGGACUUCGAUACACGAGGAAGCUCCAAGUCAUCCUCACCUCUGACGUAGAUAAGCUGGGAAAGGGUGGUGAUACUGUCAAAGUCGCCCCAGGAUAUUUUCGCAACCACCUAAUGCCAAAGCUCCUUGCUGUCCCUAAUAUUGACAAGUUUGCUCAUCUCAUAAGCGAGCAGCGCAAGAUCUGUAAGCCAAUUGAAGGAGAAGAAGAACAAAAGGAUGUUAUAGUAAUUAAAGAGUCAAAGAAAGAUAUGAUGAAAGAGUAUGAAAGGGCUGCGCUUCGUCUUGAUAAAGCUAAGCUGGUCUUACGGCGUUUAAUUGAUGUUCAAAAAGCAAAGGCACGUGCAUCAAAAGAUGACCCUUUGGAGUUACGCUCACCUGUGACAAAAGAUGCUCUUGUGGCUGAGGUGGCAAGACAACUAUAUGUGAACAUUGCACCUGAAAACCUGCAUCUCCCCGUGCCUUUAGCAACACUCGGAGAAUAUGAGGUGCCGCUGCGUUUACCAAGGUCCAUUCCUUUGCCGGAGGGCAAGCUUAAUUGGACUUUGAAAGUUAAAAUUAGAAGUAGAUAAGUUAUUAGGCUUGUUGAAUCUGAGUAAUAAGUCUUGACAGUUUUGGUGUAUGAUGAUUGAUUGAACACCCUGGGAGCACGUAUUGAGAUUAAUUCAUCAUUUAUAUCGAGCAUCACAUGGUUAUGUUCAAAACCAAUUUGAGAGGAUGACAAAUCUUUUAUUUAAACUGCAGAUACUUUUUCAA